AUCUUUGCGUUGAUAUUUUCCACGUGAUCAUCCUGACACCACGUGACCCGGUUGUCCUACAUGGCCGCUCCCAGCGUCGGUCAGCAGCUGAUCGCACAAAGCACGAGUCACUGCAAAACAUUGGCAAUAUUCUUUUGUUCGAGAACCAGGCGUUAAAUCGCAGGGGAAAGGGGAGAGCGAGAAGCGGACAAUGUUGGCGUGUUCACCAGGAACUCUCUGACAGACCUCCACGCUCGACGUCUCAGAUUCCCGGAAGCCUUCGUCGCCCGUACGCCCCGCCGCCAUGCAGCCGGAUCCCGUGCUGGUCGAAUCUGCCGUGGUCUUCUCCGUGGUCCUCUCCGUUCACUGCGCCGUGUGGAACCAGCUCUCCUGGUGCUGCGUCGCUCUGGCCGUCCAGGCUUUUUACGUGCAGCACAAAUGGGACCGGCUCAUUCGGACCGGCGCCGCCGUCUUCCAGUUCCGUCCGUCGUCCAACAGCGGCGUGUUGCCGGCCAGCAUGGUGCUUCCUCUGCUGGGGCUGGCUUUGAGGGGGCGCUGCGUCGCCGUGGGGAACGUUUACAUGGAGCGCUUCGCGAUGGUCGUGACGGUGAUCGGCAUGAUGCUGGCGCUCUUCCUGUCGCUCAUCGCGCUGGGCAUCACUCGCCCGGUGCCCACAAACACCUGCGUCAUAGCCGGCAUCGCAGGCAGCGCCAUCCUCUACACGGUCAAGCAAACGCUGACGGUCUCCGAGGUGAUCGAAGUCUUGGAGGUGUUGCUCAUUUUUGUGUAUCUGAGCUUAAUCCUCCUGUACCUCCUCCCGCGCUGCUUCACUCCCGGCGAGGCCCUCCUCAUCCUCGGCGGGAUCAGUUUCAUCAUCAACCAGCUCAUCAAACGCUCUCUAGCCUCAUCUGGGAACGCGAACGCAGACCCGCUUCCGUAUUUCCUCCCGGUCGCCGUGCUGGGCUUAGUGCUGCUGGGGAUCUUCUUCGCCGUGCUCUUCGUCUUCAUGGAAUCGGAGACCUGGUCGGCGUCGCUCUUCUUCCACACCAUGACGGCCGUUUUGGGUCUGGGCCUGUUGGUACCGUGGCUCUCCCUGCUCACGCAGCAUCACCCCAUCACCUGGCUGAUGCAUUUCAUCGCCGAGACCAACACUCGCCUGUGGCUGAUCGGGUUCUGGGCCGCUCUGCUGCUUCUAGCGGUGGCCCUCGUGAUGCACCAGAACAGCCACCGCUCGGCCGGAAGCAAGAAGCACCAAGCUUCGACGGCCGUGCGGAAGUACUUCCACCUCCUCACCGUAUUAACCUUCGCUCCUGGACUCGCGCUGGAUCGUCCUCUGCUGCACCUCGCCGCGGUCGGAUGCCUCGCUGCGUUUCUGUUCCUCGAAUUCGUCCGCUAUUUCCGCAUCCGACCACUGGGGGCGCCGUUGCGACGCCUGCUCACUUUAUUCCUGGAUGAGAGGGACUCGGGGCCGCUUAUUCUCACCCACAUCUACCUUCUCCUCGGCGUCGCCCUUCCGGUCUGGCUCACGCCCGCGUCCUGCACCCCUAACGGAGGCCUAGGGGGCGCCGGUGGCCUGGUGCCCUACGCCGGCGUGUUGGCGGUGGGAGUCGGCGACACGGUAGCGUCCGUCUUCGGGAGCACGGUCGGAGAGAUCCGCUGGCCCGGCACCAAGAAGACCUUCGAGGGCACGGCCACCUCCGUAUUCGCUCAGAUCAUCGCCGUGGUGGUCUUCCUCAUCGCCGACGGCAGCAUUAACCUAAACGCCAGCUACUCGUGGGUCGUGGGUUCGAUCACGAUGGUGGCCAUGCUGGAAGCGUACACGACGCAGAUCGACAACCUGCUGCUUCCUCUGUACCUUUACAUCCUCCUGCUGCUAUGAGAACAGACCGAUACGCCGAUGCACAGAUAUAUCGACAGCGUUAAAGUCAUCAUUGCGAGUUUGGAAAGCGAAAUGCAGUAACGACACAUCAUUAGAGCGUCGAUGAGCGUCGUACAGUGAAUAGAAAUGCACUGAAAUUCAUCCAAGAAUUAUAGCAUUAGACCGUAACAAACUAGACGACUACUUGAUGUUGUAAUCGACUACAAAAAAGUAGUUUGAAGGUGAAAAGUGUAUUUUUUGCACCACUAGCGGCUAUCGCAGUGAGUUAGUUUGAGUCACCCGUGACGGUUUUGUUUGAAAGCCGUUGGCAGCUUUUAAACUCAAAAAAUAAACUUCCCCGUCUCGUGUCAUUCCAAACCCGUAUGCAUUUCGUUUUCCGUCGAACAGAGUAUUUGAAGAACGUUAGCAACCAAAUAGUUUCGGGUCCCAUUGCCUUCCCGGCACUCUGUCCCUUGCUUUGGAGCCGAAACGGUUUGGUUUAAAACGUUCCUCAAAAUAUCUUCACAGAAGAAAGAGACCCGUACCGGUUUGCAACAGUAAAUUACAUCAUUUUCAUUUUUGGGUGAACUGUACCUGCAUUGUUCAUUUAUGUUAUUUGCAGCAUUUAUUUUUUUUUGUAUGUCCUCUGAGAAAGCUCUGAUGUCUUGAGACGCUGUUAAUAUUUAAUUCGCUCAAAUCCUGCAUCUGUCAGUCCAGUAUAAAUGACAGGGAUUGAGUUGCACAUUAUUAAAAAAAGAAAACGUUA